AUGGCUUCCAGGAAGGUCAUGUUUCGUUCACUCUCGGGAGAUGGAAGAUCUGGAUAUCACAAUAGGGAUAACCACACAGCUCAGAAUGGUAGGACGAGCAUCUGCAGCUACCUUAACAGUGUCAGGCCUGAGAGAAGCUACACUCGACAAAGAUACUCUCAAUAUACCCCGUCCAGGAGUACCCUAUGCAGCGUUAUGGCCCAGUUAACAGAGGAGACACAACCUUCUUUCGAAACCACUUUAAGGUCAAAGGCUGUAUCUGAGACCUCCAAUGUCAAAUUCAGUUGCGUUGUCUCAGGUUACCCUGCUCCUGAAGUGACAUGGUACAAAGAUGAUAUGCAGCUGGACAGAUACUGUGGUCUUCCUAAAUAUGAGAUAUCCUGUGAAGGCAAAAACCAUACACUCCAUAUAUACAACUGCACAUUGGACGAUGCUGCGAUCUACCAGGCCUCUGCACAGAACAGCCGGGGUAUUGUGUCAUGCUCAGGGGUGCUGGAGGUUGGCAUCAUGAGUGAGUUUAAGAUCCAUCAGAACUACUUCGCUAAGCUCAAACAGCGGGCAGAGAGUAAGCGUAGGGAGCAGGAGGAACCACGGAUCCAGAAUAGCCGGCCAGAACCACCGAGCUCAGUUGGGCCUGAGCGAGCCCAGAGGAAACGCAGGUCACCCAUGCAGGCUGUUAUGAGCCUGAGUGAUACCAACUCUAUAGGAGAGAUGGAGGAACAGGAGGCUCUGAACAAAACACCAGCGAUGGAGGACAGAUUGAGUGGCUUGACCUCAGAAAGGACAGAACCUUUGGAAGUUUCUGAUAAAGUAGUCACAGAUGAAAACAAAGUCUCUGCUGAAAACAGCAUUCCCGGUAGAGACGAAAGCAACACAGGCCUAACGUAUAUUCAUGACACAGUCAACAUGACUACCAGCAGAUGCACAGCCAAACAGCCUAACACCAAGAAGAAGAUAAAGAUUUCUGAGGAUAAGCACAGCACAGAGAAACAGACAGUGAGAGGAAAAGAGACUGAUAUGGAGAAGUUAGGCCAUGCAGCUCAAAAUGUUGGGGUUUUAGUGCCAAAGGAAAAAGCAGCAGUACAAUCACAAAGUGAUAAGCCAAACGCCCAGGCUACUUUCAGCCCAAAAACACAACGCGUCAAAAAGACUUCCAUAGCAACCCAGACUGAAAGUAUUUCAGAAACAAAGACGCAAGCAUGUGCAGAACCAAAAAUCAAAGAAAAGACAGAGGAAAAUGAUCCUUCAUCAGCCCAGUCCCAUACCCUGCCUCAUCUCUCUAAGGCUCCUCAACAGGUCUCCAGCCAAAUCCCAGAAUGUCUUAGCCAGACCUCUGCAGAUACACACAUGGAUGUGGAGGAAAGUUCAGCUGUACAGUGUGAGACUGCACCUUCAGCUUUAAUUCCGAUGGCUACAGAGGACAUGGCUGGAAAGGUGGAUCAAAGACUUCGUACCACCUCUGGAACAGUUUCACCAGGACCAGGGGGUCUGGUUCCAGUCAAAACAGAAACCACAAUGACCUCACAUCAGUCCUGGAAUGGUGGGGAGAGGGAUCAGUUGUCUACUCAGACUCCUUUUGUCUCCGAGCCGCUGGACAAUGGAAGUGAUCAGAUAGGUGAUGAUUUUGAGGCUGUAGACACUAGACUAACAAACAUGACCCCCACUGCCCCUGAGGUCUCACCUGCUAGCCUAGACAAAGUUAAAACAGAGGGGACUGGUACUCGAGGGACACCUUUGAGUGUUGAGAAUGGUAAAACACAGACUGACAGUCCAAAGACAAGAGUUUCAUCAUCCUACUCAUCACCAAAGGCCGACACAACGCUUAAGACAUCUGCUACCCCUAAAGAAAUUGCCUCUGGGGCACGGCGAAAGACCAUCUCCUCUCUAGCAAUAGAGAAAGAAAAAGGAGGUGAAACAGUGGUGAGCACCUCAGCACAAAGACAGGGAAGAGGAGAAAAGGUGAAAGAAGAGGAGUCUCCAGGGAACCACCCUUGCCGAAGCCAAGAGAUUCCACAUGCAUUGCCACAACAACAACUCAACACCCCCUCACCUCUAACGCUUUCAGAAAGACGCUCCCCAAAAACCAGACGAAGGAUGCUCACACCUGAGCCCCCCAAACCCAGUGAGGAGUCAGCACAAGGAUUAGUUCAAGGGUCAGAUCAGGUCAUGGACAAGAUGACAGCCAAAACAGCAGAAACAGACAAACAAAAUCCCUUUAAAGCACCACAGGUGAUCCGUAAGAUCCGCGCAGAGGCCCUGUCUGACACACUGGGCCACCUGAAACUCUGGUGUCAGUUUUUCAAUGUGCUCGGUGACUCCACACUCAAAUGGUACAGAGAUGAGGUGCAGAUUGCUGAAAUAAAGAGAAGUGCAGGAGAUGAAAGUCAUGUGAAUCUGGCCCUUGUGCAAACAUCUACUCGAGACUCUGGUGUUUACAGCUGCACUAUCACCAAUGAGUAUGGUACAGUCACCACAGACUACCUGCUCAGCCCAGACAUCGGGGAAGAGAUUGAAAUGACUCCAUUGCUCUUUAGUAAAGGUCUGGCUGAUGCAGGCAGCUGGGGUAAUAAGUUCUUUGGCCGUGUAAUGACUGAGGAGGCCCAGGUGGGAGUGGGCUGCGAGCAUAAAACCACACGAGUUAAGGUGAUAUACGGGCUUGACCCUGUAUUUGAGUCAGGAAAAUCAUGCUUUGUAAAGGUGCGGAACCCCAUUGCAUACGGGAGUGAAGAUACUUGUAGUCUGGCUCAGAAGAACUUAGACAUGACUAAACAAGACUGUAAGAUUCAGAAUAUGGCAAGGGAAUACUGUAAAAUCUUUGCUGCAGAGGCAAGGGAGUUUGAGAACUUUGGUCCCACACUAGAGGUGAUGCCUCUUCACUUAAUGUAUCGACCAGCAAGCAGUGUGCCCUAUGCCACAAUAGAGGCUGAGCUGAAGGGUGUUUACUUACGUUACUGUGGGCUGGAUCGUGCUGGGGAGCUGAUCAUACGAGACAGGUCACAAAUUGAGCUGAAGUGCUCUGCUCUUCAGCACUGGAUCCAUCAGUGGACCAAUGGCAACCUACUAUUCACCAGACUGGAAGGUGUUGAUACCAAAUUGACAAACAUUGGGAUUUCAUUCAGAUCAAAAGGGUAUCAGGGUCUUCCAGUCGAAGGCAACCCUAAGGUGUUUGAACUCUUUCAGGCUCUUCAUCAGUGUAAUUAUUACUGCGGCCUAUUGAGCCUUAGACCUCUGAAAACUCCUGACACACUCCUGACCCCUGCCCGACCCAAAGGCUCCAGAAGCCCCCUGCUGCAUCGACGCAUCACCCCUGGCUCCUCCAGCCCCCAAACCCAGCGCAGGCCCACCACAUCAAACCGAAAUGCCUCCACUAAAGACAAAACCGUGGAAGUGUCCAAAUCUGGGAGGAGGUGA